CUCUCUCUCUCUCUCUCUCUCUCGCUCUCGCUCUCUCUCCUCGCGCCGCCUCAUUUCUCUCCCUCUCAUCUCUCCGCUCGAUCCGGAGGAGACGUUCAACGCAUUUCUCGGGCGAAUCCACUCGUGCGUUGAUCUCCUCUUCCCCCUCCGAUUCCGUAGCUCACGAGGAUCGACGAGUUCCGCGUGAAGAAUUCGGGUUGCGAUCAUGGUGGGGAGCGUGGGGAAUGGGCUAAUGGAUCUGGGGGAGAAGGUGGAGCCGUUGCCGGAGGAGUUCGAUCCCAAGGAGAUCGUGGAACCCUUGCCCACGGAGUCGAAUGGGGUCGGUGGAGAGGAAGGGAGUGGGAAGAGGCGUGAGAUCGUGCUCGGGAGGAACGUGCACACCAUGUGCUUCACGAUCAAGGAGCCCGAUGCCGACGACGAAGAGACCGGGGAGAGGGAGGCCUAUAUGGCGAGCGUGCUCGCGCGAUAUAGGAAGUCGCUCAUCGAAAGGACGAAGCAUCAUUUAGGAUACCCUUAUAAUUUGGACUUUGAUUAUGGUGCUCUCGCCCAACUUCAACAUUUUUCCAUCAACAACCUUGGCGAUCCAUUCAUUGAGAGCAACUACGGUGUCCAUUCCAGGCAGUUUGAAGUUGGGGUCUUAGAUUGGUUUGCUCGCCUUUGGGAACUGGAGAAAAAUGAAUAUUGGGGUUACAUCACUAAUUGCGGCACAGAAGGGAAUUUGCAUGGUAUUCUUGUUGGGAGAGAGGUUUUUCCUGAUGGAAUCCUAUAUGCCUCGCGUGAGUCUCACUAUUCAGUUUUCAAAGCGGCAAGAAUGUACAGAAUGGAAUGUAUUAAGGUUGGCACUCUGGUCUCUGGUGAGAUUGAUUGCGCUGAUUUUGGGGCCAAGCUUCUACAGAACAAGGACAAGCCGGCUAUUAUUAAUGUUAAUAUUGGAACAACUGUAAAGGGAGCUGUCGAUGAUCUCGACUUGGUCAUCAAAACUCUGGAAGACAGUGGCUUUCGUGAUCGCUUCUAUAUUCACUGCGAUGGUGCUCUUUUCGGGCUGAUGAUGCCAUUUGUUAAGCGAGCUCCUAAAGUGACAUUCAAAAAGCCGAUUGGAAGUGUGAGUGUGUCGGGCCACAAAUUUGUGGGUUGCCCCAUGCCCUGUGGAGUCCAAAUAUUGAGGUUGAAUCACGUUAACGCGCUCUCAAGGAACGUCGAGUACCUCGCCUCUCGCGACGCCACCAUCAUGGGAAGCCGAAACGGCCACGCCCCCAUCUUCCUAUGGUACACCCUAAACCGAAAGGGCUAUAGGGGGUUCCAGAAAGAAGUCCAAAAGUGCUUACGAAACGCCCACUACCUAAAAGACCGACUAAAAGAAGCCGGAAUCGGCGCGAUGCUCAAUGAGCUAAGUAGCACAGUGGUGUUCGAGAGGCCGAGGGACGAGGAGUUUGUAAGGAGGUGGCAGCUCGCGUGCCAGGGGAGUAUCGCACACGUCGUGGUGAUGCCGAGUGUUUCAAUUGAGAAGCUCGAUAGUUUCUUGAAUGAAUUGGUGGAGAAGAGGGCGACUUGGUACGGGGACGGGAAAGGGCGACCUCAGUGCAUUGCGUCGGAUAUAGGAGACGAGAACUGCUUAUGUGGAUUCCACAAGAACUGACCUAUCAUUAGUCGAGGGAUCUGCUUGUUUUAUCGAUUUUGAUAAGCUGAGCUUAGUAUGUUGUCGUGGUGGUCCUUGUUGUUGUUGUUUUUGCUUGUUUUACUGUAACUCUUAGUUUUUCGCGACCAUGGUUUACUCAGUUUGUUAUGAUCUUACUUUUAACUCAGAAUUGCUUUUACCAUUCAUAUUACGAGGUUAGGAGAUUCAUGUUAAUUUGUGUUUCUUUUGUGUGUGCACGCGUGCGCACAUUACUAGAUGUUGAUACGGAAAUUUGUGAUUGUUUUGUUUUCCUUU